AUGAACACCACCGCACUCAUCCCUACCAUUGCUGCAUAUAUUGUUGCGGCAGCCGAUCCAGUCUGUGUUGACGCGCAGCUUGCUCUGCCGCUCCUCACACAGAUUGUUAAAAAGAUACGCCAGGAACACCGCGGCCGGGGUAUCGUCCUGUUUGUAGUGCCAGACACGCGUGCUCUCGGUCCGAGCCUAGGCCGCUCCUACCAGAGCAACCGCAUCAAAGCCACAGUCGUUCAGGACGCUGCGGCUCCAGAGACAGCCAACGCCCAGAUGUGGCAAGCACUCUCAAUGGAGUUCGAGGUGAUAAUGACCUCUGUGGAGAUCGCAGUCGGCCUUCUGAGGCAUCCAUUGGUGCACGCCCGAGUGGAUGCUACAGGAAGAGUAGCAAAGCCAUUGCCUCGCCCACAGGCACAGGACUUUGAACGCCUUCACGCUGUGGAAGGCAUCAUAGGGCAGACGUUCGCCUAUUGGCGUAUGCCCUGGACAUGGCCACGCUCCAGUACCAACGCCUGGGGUUUAUCGGGGACUGUGCGCUGGAUUUGAUUGCCGUCGAGUACUGGGCGAGGAGAUUCCCAGUGAAGGGAAAUAGCACGAUCACGACGCUGAAGUCAUGAAGCGUCAGAAAUGAUGCGCUGGGUGGUGGUAACUUCUCAACUCGCAAAGAGCUUUGGUGAAUUGCUCGAGGCUGUUUUUGGGGCCGUUUUUACAUAUUCCAAAUUAGAUCUGACAGGUAUCGCCUGUGUAUUCGAGCGCUGCAUGACGACUGCACUAAAUAAACGCACAUAAAACACC